UACAGAAAUUCAUUAUUCUUCAUGUUAUCAGAGCCUCUCUUUCCGUGACCGAAAGAAAAAAAACCCUAGAAACUCUCUCUCUCUCGUGCGUCGUCUCUCUCAGCCGCACUCCCCAAACCCUAACGCCGCAGCCCACUGCUCGGCGUUCUCCUCCCCACCCCUUUUUUUUCUCAACCAGCGACUGCCGUACCCAGCAGCGCCGCCCCAGCGACGCACACCAGCAGCAUCUCCAGCGGCGCACCAGCAGCAGUCCCUCACCAUGUCCGAGAAGCCCUCCUCCGACAAGUCUCCUUCCUCGACUUCAACUCCUCACUUGGCUUUCACGACCAUCUCGAACGUGAAACUUCACGUUCCGAUUCUCUUAAGCUUUACGGAGCCGAACUACAAAAAAUGGAGUCGCCUCUUCCUCCUCCUGGUUCGGCGCUUCUCUCUCGGUGACUUUCUCACCGGAAAGUCGGCUCCCUCCAACGACGACGACACUGAUUGGUACCAACUCGAUGCUCUUAUUCAGGGUUGGAUCCUCUCCACGAUCAACGACGAGGUCUCCGACCUCGUCCUCUCCUCCACCGACUCGGCGUCCGAACUUUGGCGAUCCAUUUACUCUCUCUUUCAUGACAAUAAACCGGCCCGGGCAAUGCAAUUGGAGCACCAAUUUCGGACAACGAAGAAAGGCUCACUCUCCAUAUCGGCUUAUUGUCAAACUCUCAAGAAUAUAGCCGAUUGGUUGGACGACGUGGAUGCCCCUGUCUCGGAACAACAGUUGGUGUUGCAGGUUCUCCGGGGGCUGCCCGACGACAUGCGGGGUCAAACCUCCUUUCUUCAAUUCCAAACUCCCCCGCCAACGUUUCUGCAAACCCGCUCAGCUCUUCUUCUUCUGGAGCGCCAGCAUUCGGACUUAGACAGCGCCGAUUCAUCACCUGGCACGGCCCUCUUCUCGGCUGGUCACACCGGCGCUCACCCACACAGCCCCGCAGGUGGUGGUCGUGGUUCCUUCAGCAGCAGCGGCGGUCGAGGGCACUCUGGCAGCAGCGGUAGUCGAGGAAGGGGAGCGCACUACAGAGGGCUAUUUCUCCAUCAGACACAGUUUGCUCAGGAGAUCUUGGAGCGGGCAGACAUGCUAAACUGCAAGCCCAUCUCCACCCCAGUGGAUACUAAGGCGAAGCUCGAAGCCUCCUCGGGAAUACCUCUUCCUGAUCCCACUUUAUACAGGUCCAUUGUUGGCAAGCUACCACAUCCAAACAUCGUCGCCGAAGCGAGUUGGAUCCGAAACCUGCUUCUCGACUUACAGCAACCUCUACGACGUACGACUCUAGUCUUCUGUGACAACGUCAGUGCAGUAUAUCUCUCAUCCAACCCUGUUCAGCACCAGCAAACUAAACAUGUGGAUGUUGACAUUCACUUUGUCAGAGACAAGGUCGCCCUAGGGCAGGUCCGCGUACUCCAUGUUCCUUCAUCGUCCCAGUACGCCGACAUCUUCACCAAAGGACUCCCAUCACUUCUCUUCUCCGAUUUCAGACAUAGUCUCGGCAUCCGUCCUUCAUCGGUUACGUAGCUGGGAGCAUGUUAAAUAUAUAUUGUAUAUUUAAUAUAUUUUAUGUAUAUUUGGUAGUUUCCCUUGUAUAGAAGGAUUGCAUUUAUAUCCUACCAUAAUUAGGAGACUUGUAUCUUGUAUAUAUUCGAGGCUUGACCUCCGAAAUCAAUACAGAAAUUCAUU